ACCAUAACAAAUAAUUAUUUUUUCGAGAAGUACAAUUAGACAUACGUGAGAUGUGAUCAUUUUUUUUCUAAAAUGUUAUUUGUGUCGGGCUGUCUUCGCAUCGGUCAAUCAAACCAAGCUGGGAGGGAAUGAGACGCCACAUAUGUAUAAGCACACCAUUCGCAAAGUAUAAAGUCAAGCAAAGUGAAAGUAUGGACGGCUGUCAGAGAAUACUAUUGAAACGAAGAGGUUAUAAUAGCUUCUUCUACAAUAAAAAAUGCCUUUCAUGUCACUAAUUUAAGAUUAGUUGCAACGUGGCAUACAACGAUUUUCACAAUAAUAAGCAAUGGGUGCUACACCAAGUAGAUUUGAGGAUCUCUCACAAAAUACAUAUCUAGAGAGGUUCUGUAGUAAGCAGCCUAUACCUUUGGAUGAUAGCUUUUGGAGCCGUUUCCUCUCAUAUAACAUAAGACCACCUCUCACAAGAAAUGAUCAAAUUGAAUUAGAUUCUCGAUUAGAUUUAUGCUGUCAACAACUACUUGUCAAUAAUUUAACUACAGGAAAUAUUGGAUGUUUGAUACAAAUAUCUUUAAUCAGAGUCACCGAAUUACUUUCAACAGCUGACGCAGAUACCAUUAUGCCUGCAUGGCAAACCUAUAAUUCUCUUUUUGCUGUGCGGUGUAUUUUAAAAUAUUUAAUUGAAACUGUUGGAGAGGAGGAAAUGAUUAAACAUACAGAAAUUCAAGUUGCUGGAGACAGCAGUAACAGCUUAAUACCAGUUCGAUUACAAACAUUUUUUGAAGCCUUAGUAGCAGUUAUUGUUGAUGUACCACUUUGUGAGUUUACAUACCUAGUACAUUUGGAAGCAAUAAACUGUAUGCUGGUGUUACUGUCAGUACAACUGUUUUCACAAACUCCUGCAGAAUAUAGUACAGUUUAUAGAAUAGUUAUGAAUGAAGAAGUGAGUGCACAUGCUGCUGUGAUGAUCUGUACAUUGCUGAAUAACUUUGCUGAGCAAGCUCAUGCACCCCCAGGCCUUUUAACUCCACAACCGGGUUCUAGUAUAGUUUUUAGUAUUGCAGCUGGACUAUGGCAUGUCAUAACUAUGGGAAUGGGAAGUAGUUCUAGAAAUAUCCAAGUAGCACAUGGUGGUAAUGUGGAGGAUGUGGAGAAAAAACGAGAUACUGAAACACCUUUAGCUAGCCAAUCUUUACUUCUUCUACUGGUUCUUACCAAUCAUUGGACGGCGUCGCGGAAUCCAUACAGAGAUGCUCUAUUUGCAUUCACUAAUGUUGAAGAUGACUGUGAAACUUCCUGUGAAACUCAAUGUGCUUUCAAAUUCAACGUUGAUAAGCUGUAUAAAACUAUUUGUAAAUUACCGAAUACAGAUGAAGUCACGCUAUUGUUGUACAUGCUGCUCCAUCGAAAUCCCAAUGUGAAACGAUUUAUUAUGACAAGACCUGAUGUACAAUUAUUGGUGAUUCCUAUUUUAAGAAUACUCUAUCAUGCUCCAGAUAAUACUUCUCAUCACAUUUAUAUGUCUUUAAUAAUCUUAUUGAUUCUAAGUGAAGAUGAAAAUUUUAAUAAAACUGUGCACGACAUUGUAUUGAAGGGAAUCACAUGGUAUACUGAACGAUCAAUUAGUGAAAUAUCUCUAGGAGGACUGUUAAUUCUUGUUGUUAUUAGAACAAUACAGUAUAACAUGUUGAAAAUGAGAGACAGAUAUUUGCACACAAAUUGUCUUGCUGCACUUGCAAAUAUGUCAAGUCAGUUCAGAGCUCUACAUCCCUACGUUAGUCAGCGACUCAUCAGUUUAUUUGAAACCCUAGCAAAGAAGCACGCGAAAUUGGAGACGUCCAUACGAGCACAAUCUUCUUCUGCAUCGACAACUGUGGACAUAACUGCAAAUGGCACUGUUACAAGUAACGAUUUGAUACAAGAUUUAUCAGUGUUAGAAGAAGUUUUGCGUAUGGUUCUAGAAAUCAUCAAUAGUAUCCUAACGUAUCAAUUAGCUCACAAUCCUAAUUUAAUAUACGCGCUUCUCUACAAAAAAGAUAUUUUUCAACCGUUCCGAACGCACUCAUCAUUUCAAGAUAUCGUCGCCAACAUAGACUCGGUGAUAAACUUUUUUUCUCAAAAGCUGGAGCAGAAAGAACAAUCUCAACUUGGUGUCAGUCAAGUUUUAGCAACAAUACAGAAAGGCACGAGUCAGUGGCCAAAGGACCGAUUAAGGAAAUUUCCUGAGUUAAAAUUCAAGUACGUAGAAGAGGAGCAGCCCGAAGAAUUUUUCAUUCCUUAUGUGUGGAGUGUCGUCUGCCAAAAUGCUCUCUUGCACUGGAGCGCUGAAAAUAUCAAAUUAUUUUUACCAAGCCAGGGCGAGCAAACCACUAUCAUUGUUUGCUGAUAUAACGACGAUAAGUCUAAUUGCAGGAUUUGCUAAAUGGUGCAUUAUAUUUCAGACUAAUCGCGCCAGAGGUGCUUAUGACGACUGAAAAUCCGAUUGUACGUAUCAACAAUGUAGGGAUGGUUUAUAUUUAAACUUUAACGUAUCUAUAAAAAUCAAUGUAUGUAAACUGGUUAAAUGCUUUACGGCCAG